AUGCAGCAGGAGAGCCUGACGCAACAAUGGCUCCGCCAGAACGUGCAGCCCUACGUCGCCGCAGGGCGCGUCUACGCCGAUACCGACGGCGCACUCGCGCGGUUCCCGACCAUACGUCCCAAGACCGACGUGUACACGUACGAUGACGGCCGGACGCAGCUCCUCCUCUGCCUGCACGGCCUGCUUCCCAUCGCCUUCCGUGGCGCGUCAUACAACAUCCCCAUCGCGCUCUGGGUCCCGCGCGACUACCCGCGCGAACCCCCGAUCGCGUACGUCGUCCCCACCAGCGACAUGCUCGUCAAAGCCAGCCGGCACGUCGACCCGAGCGGCCGCUGCGCUACCGACUACCACCAGCAGUGGACGCGCAAACCCGAGGUGAGCGAAAAGCCGCGCACAAAACGGCUACGACGUGGCGAAAAGCUGAUCGCGCGUUAG